AUGUCUCUUGGCUCGCCUUGGCUGCAGCUGCCCCAGUCCACAUGCUCCAGAGUGCGAUAUGUGGUUGUCGGUGGCGCGAAUCGAGACCGGACGCAGCCUGGACCAGCCAACCGUACUACGGCACCGAAGGAUCUCGCCAGGCCGACUCCAGAAGGCAUCUUCCUUACCAUCUACAAGACCAAGCACGGGCGGGAACAGGAGGAUACCGAGCCGAUACAGCAGUACGCACUUAGUUCGAUUGCCGAUUGCCAACUCCAGUUGAUGGCGCACCGCAAGCAGGGCCCAGUUCUCCCGACAAUGGUCCUCAAUGUUUUGCCAGAUCCGACGUUGGACAAGGCCCGGAAGCGGCGGUCGAGCAGGACUGCCGGGUUCGCAGCUCCGAGGGAGACAGGACCGACCACCUUGUUGUUUCGCCCUGGAGACGAGCUACAGAAUCUUCAAGAGUGGGCGCGCUUCAUCCAGCAACACAUCCAGCCACAUAUCCCGGACAGAACCCCCAUGAGCCCGCUGACACCAGCGUCGCCGACUUUCGUCAACCCGUUCGCGCCUCGAUCAAGGGAGCCCAGCGACAUGCAGCCGAGGCCCGGGCAGUGGGAAUGGUUCUCGACCAGGACCAGCGUCAUGACCCAGCCUCACAUGGGUUUCCACAACUACACCACAAUGGCCCCUGCCGACCUCCCGUCUCCGGCGACCACAGUCGGGGAAUAUCAGGGCGAGUUUAUUGAGGGAUGGACGUCAGCUCAGGGCAGGUCAUCGGCUCUCAGCUCUCCCAUCCGGGGCCGCGGAAGUGUCAGCUCACAGGUCCCGACUUCGCUACCGCCAAUACCUGAUUCCACUUCCACGCCAGGGCCGCGUGAAACGAUCCUCGACAGGGCUUUCCAGCUGCGCUGCAUACCUGGCUCCGAACGCGAAGUUCCCGGGGAGGAGAAGUUGAGUUCACUGGCCCGAUUCGAGGCCUUGAUGCGGGAGGUGGAUGAGAAGAGGAGGCAACGGGAAGACGAAGAGGCGAAGGCAAGGCCGAUGACUGCGGCAGGUUUGUUGGCCAGAACAUCGGGUCCCGAACCUAGGAGCGCAUUCGACGAAGACGACUCAGAUUCGGAUUCAGACUCAGAACAAGACUCGGAUGACGAUGACGACGAUAGUGAUGGGAUCGCAAGGGAAACGGACCUUGAGGACCAGUUUUCGUCAUCGAAUUCAGCCCAACGAGCCUUGGAUUUUAUCACGGGGAGGUACGACCCCACGGUACGGCACCAACUAGCGUCGCGAGGCCAUGGCAUCAGGUCUCCGCCGAGCUAUAACCACGACGCCUUCAUGGCAUUGUCAAGCGCCGCAUCCUCUCAAACGCGGCCUCAGACAGGGUAUUCAAACAACCGAAACCGGCCGGGAAUGACACAACGAACCCACAGCCAGCCGCACCUCGCGAGCAUAUUGGCGUCGUCUACACCCCUAGACGCGCCAAGGGAGUCCGAGGAGGGGACGGGGUUCAGCUUCACCCCAGGCUCCCCUUCGGCUGUCCACCGCACCUCUGCUGAAAAGCGGCAGUCGUCGUCGAGCGCCAAGGGCCUCGGAUUUACCGAAUUUACGAGGCGGCUAAGUAGCACAAGCAGUUUGCUCCUCAUGCAGACAAAUGCCAGCGGUGCCGCCAGCAGCCGGGCGAGCAACAGCGACAUGGACAUGCAGCAGUGCCCACAGUCGCCACCCCAGCACCUACACCACCUCCAUCCCAGAGCUGGCCCACCGGCGGCGCAGCAGCACCAGCCCCCGCAGUCUCCCCCGCCACUAGGCGAGCGUGAGCGCUGCGGCUGGCGGGGCAGCGUGGGUGUAUUUGGGGGCGGCGAUGGCAGCUUCCUGUGA